AUGAUUGCCAGACAAAAUAAAAAAGAGCCAGCAACGAACUGAUUAUUUUGUAAAAAAAAAGGUGUUUCUUUUCCAAGAGGUUCAACAUGGCAGGAGAUCAGGCGCAAUUUUACCAGUUACUAAACAGCUUAUUAUCUGCCGAUAAUGACAUCCGUUCGCAAGCAGAAGAAGCAUACAACAACAUACCCACUGAAACAAAAGUGUUACACUUGGUGGGUGCCAUCCAGAAUGCAGACUUAGGUGAUGAUGGGAGGCAGUCGGCGGCCGUGUUCUUGCGGCGGCUGCUCAGCGCCGAGUUCUUUGAAUUUUUUCCAAAACUACCAUUUGAACAACAGACCAUGCUUAGAGAGCAGCUAUUACUUACGCUACAAAUGGAUGUCAGCCAACAAUUGAGGCGUAAGAUUUGUGAUGUAGUCUCAGAAUUAGCCAGGAACCACAUAGACGAUGAUGGAGUUAACCAAUGGCCAGAAUUUCUGCAAUUCAUGUUCAACUGUGCGGGUUCACAGGACUCCAAUAUGAAGGAAGCAGGCAUCAGAAUGUUCACAUCUGUACCUGGCGUAUUUGGGAACCGUCAAAAUGAGAACUUGGAUGUUAUCAAACGCAUGCUUCUAUCAGCUCUACAGCCUACAGAAUCUGAAGCUCUACAAAUUCAGGCCGUCAAAGCAGUUGGUGCAUUCAUUUUGCUUCAUGACAAAGAACCAGCGAUUCAAAAACAUUUCAGUGACAUAUUGCUACCAUUGAUGCAGGUCGUUGUGCAAUCCAUUGAAAAAUGCGACGAUGAUUCUGCAUUAAAAGUACUGAUAGAAUUAGCUGAAUCUGCACCAAAAUUUCUCCGACCACAGUUAGAGACUAUAUUCCAAGUCUGCAUAAAGGUAGUCGGUCAGACAGAUGCUGAAGAUAAUUGGCGACAGUUAGCUUUAGAGGCGAUGGUCACAUUAUGCGAGACUGCGCCGGCUAUGGUCCGCAAGCAGGUGCCUAAUGCUAUCCGGCUGCUCACGCCACUCGUACUCGAAAUGAUGUGCGAGCUUGAUGACGAGCCUGACUGGGCGGUGCAAGAUGACGUCGCUGAUGAUGAUAAUGAGAACAACUAUGUGGCUGCUGAGUCCGCUCUAGACCGUAUGUGCUGUGGCCUAGGUGGUAAAAUAAUGUUGGGUCUUAUUGUGGGACAAGUGCCGGUGAUGUUGAACUCUGAGGACUGGCGGCGACGGCACGCGGCACUGAUGGCCGUGUCCUCCGCUGGCGAGGGCUGCCACAAACAGAUGGAACAGAUGCUCGAUCAAGUUGUAUCAGCUGUGCUCAAUUACCUCACUGAUCCUCAUCCACGUGUCCGUUAUGCUGCGUGCAACGCUGUUGGACAAAUGUCGACCGACUUCGCCCCUAUAUUUGAAAAGAAAUUUCAUGACAAGGUUGUGCCUGGUCUACUUAUGGUACUCGAUGACAACGCUAACCCACGUGUGCAGGCACAUGCAGCUGCCGCUUUGGUAAACUUCAGUGAAGAUUGUCCCAAACCAAUUUUGACUCAGUACCUUGAUCCUUUGAUGAAUAAACUAGAAGUCAUCUUGACUGCCAAAUUCAAAGAGUUAGUUGAACGCGGUACGAAGCUUGUACUGGAACAGAUCGUGACCACUAUCGCCUCAGUGGCCGAUACUGUGGAGAAAGACUUCGUGAUUUACUACGACAGAUUAAUGCCAUGCCUCAAGUACAUCAUCGCUAACGCCACCACUGAUGAACUUAAGAUGUUGCGCGGGAAGACUAUAGAAUGUGUCAGUCUUAUUGGUCUGGCGGUGGGUGAGGAAAAGUUUAUGUCUGAUGCUUCUGAAGUGAUGGACUUACUGCUGAAAACACACACAGAAGGUGAACAGCUGCCUGCAGAUGACCCACAAACCUCAUAUCUAAUCUCUGCAUGGUCGCGGAUCUGCAGAAUUAUGGGCAAGAGUUUCGCUCAGUAUUUGCCUAUGGUGAUGGAGCCGGUGAUGCGGACAGCUGCCAUGAAGCCUGAGGUGGCUCUACUAGAUAAUGAGGAUCUAGAAUCUAUUGAAGGUGAUCUCGACUGGCACUUCGUCACACUUGGCGAACAACAGAACUUCGGAAUCAAGACAGCUGGUCUGGAAGACAAAGCUUCCGCUUGCGAUAUGCUAGUGUGUUAUGCGCGCGAACUGAAAGAAGCAUUCGCCGAAUACGCGGAGGACGUGGUGAAACUGAUGGUGCCGAUGCUCAAGUUCUACUUCCACGAUAACGUGCGCACGGCGGCGGCUGAGUCGCUGCCAUACUUGUUGGAAUGUGCUCGUAUUCGCGGCCCUCAGUAUAUCCAAGGCAUGUGGGCAUAUAUUUUGCCAGAGCUACUCAAAGCCAUUGAUUCCGAACCAGAACAAGAAGUGCAAGUUGAGCUGUUGAACAGCCUUGCUAAGUGCAUUGAGCUACUCGGUACCGGCUGUCUUUCUGACGAGAUGAUGGCUGAGGUACUUCGCAUCUUGAACAAACUCUUGACAGAACAUUUCGAGCGUGCGACCGAACGCAGGCAGAAGCGCGCCGACGAAGAUUACGAUGAAGUGGUAGAAGAGCAGCUAGCAGAUGAAGAUAACGAGGACGUGUACGGGUUGUCCCGCGUGGCGGACGUCCUUCACGCGCUCAUGUCCGCGUACAGGGAUGCGUUCUUCCCCCAUCUGGACACUUUACUGCCGCAUCUCGUGCAACUGCUCGCGCCUAACAGACCGUACGCGGACAGACAGUGGGCCAUAUGCAUCUUUGAUGAUGUCAUCGAGUUUGGAGGGCCGGCUUGCGUGAAGUACCAGGACAUAUUCCUGGAGCCCAUGCUCGCCGGAUUGCAAAGUCCCGAAGCUGAAGUGAGACAGGCAGCCGCGUACGGGUGCGGUGUGCUGGCUCAGUUCGGCGGCGUACAGUUCGCGGCCGCGUGCGCGCGCGCUGUACCGCUUCUGGCCGCUUUGAUAGCCGAACCCGAUUCUAGAUCCGUCGAAAAUCUCAACGCCACAGAGAACGCUAUUUCCGCCGUCACUAAGAUCAUUAAAUAUAAUCCAUCGCAGAUCGAUCGUGAUGAGAUCAUCAGGCAUUGGUUGACCUGGCUGCCAGUGGUGGAGGACACCGAGGAAGCCCCGCACGUAUACGGUCUGCUGUGUGAGCUAGCGGCGGGCGGUCACCCCGCGCUGGCGACUCCGGGUGCGCCGCAAAGGGUCAUCGCCGUCCUAGCGGAGGCUUUCCUGCGCGAUGCCGUCCCACAUGAUAACCCCGUCUAUCCGCAGAUGGCCGGACUAGUACGCCAGAUACAGAGUAAUGCGGAGCUAUUCAACUCGUGCCUAAUGCAGCUAUCCAACGAACAUAAAGAGGCGUUGCAAAUGGCACUGUCCACAUAAUGCGUGCACGCCCCGAUACAAGUCACCGGCCGCCCUCACGCGUCACAUCACUCGGCACACCUCUUCUGUGACCAGUCGCCCCCUCCCGGUCCCGACGCCAGUUUCUAAAUGGAUAUCCACGAAAUUAUAAAACUCGUCUAUUUAUUAUAACAUAAUAUAGAGUUGUAACCAUAAUUACGUCACUCGUAACGGAUUCGGUGUAUCUGUCGCUUAAAAUUAAUCGUAAUUAACUGGAUGCAUUUUUUCCUAAACGAGGACUAUUUCUUCUUUGAUCUCUGUUAUAAAGAUACAGCUGGGCUAAAUGAAAUUGCUGUGAUAUAUUUUUAUAUGAUUUUUAAGAUCAUUUCCUUCGAGCUUCGGCUUAAAUAGAACUCAAACCCUUGAAUAAAUAUCUUUGACCACAAUAUUUCGAAGCGUUUUGAUUUCUUUAUGAAAAGAUUUUAUAAAGAAUUGCGAUACAGAUGGUCCAAACACUUUAAUUUGCCGCAUGCGUAUGGAUUGCAUGUCUUAUUUUCCGCCUAAUCGACUUCUAAGUAGCGGCUCCAAUUAGUCGUUAUUACUUUCUGUAAUUGAGAAGUAAAAUAGAGACAAAAUUUUAGGCAUCUAGUACAACUAGAUCAUGGAUCAUCCGCAUUCAUUUUAUGUUAUGAUUUGCCAUAUUUUCGGCUACGAUGGGAACUUGGUGGCUGUCUCUCGCAAUGGACGAGAUGUCUGUUUAUAAGAAAUAAUUUUAUUCAAUAAAAUAUAUAAUAUUAUUAUAUAUACAUUUCUUUGUUUAACUAAAAUAAAAGUUAUUG